GUGCCCUAGAAAUUGAAAUUUCCCCCAUUUCGCCUCCACUUUUAGGCCGCAGCCAUGAAAGUCUACUUCCUCUCUCCUCCCUAAUCUUCCCCACUUCCCGCCCAUUUCUCCUUCCAAUACGUCGCCCUUUCACUCCCCUAUUGACCGAUUGAAGUCUUCGUCUUGGUAGCAGAGGAUGUUGCGCUCUGUUUCAGUCUGGAAGACCUUCUCUCCUUCCAAAUCUUCUAAUUUGCUAUCUGGAGGCGUUUUUGGGUUCGUCUUCUCUCAGAUCGACUGAAGGGUGUGUGGCUGGCGCCUUUGGAGCCUGAUGGAUGGUGUGGAAUUGAAUUAUCCGGUCAAUGUUUCGAAGCUUAGGGUUAAAGAGGACUGUGAUUCACUAGUUUCUUCCUCAAUCGACCACUGUAGCAACUCCCAUAGACAUAAAGAUGGGACUGGUAGCGUCAAUGGUGUGGAGUCAGCUCUGAGGGAUAAGAUUCCUAAUGCUGAACUUUGUAAGCAUGCUGUUGAGCAAUCGUGUUGUCAGGGUGAAGAAUUAUCUGAACAGCAUAAUUCCAAGGGUACCAGUUGUCCUGAAUUUGUUAAGGUACAACGAAAAGCAGGGAGAAUGUCUAGAAGUAGUGGUGGAUAUUCUAAGAGAUCACGUGUUGCCCCACCGGAAGACACUGUGAGUCCAGAUGGAAUUGAUGAUGCAAAAGAUAUAACUGAUAUGCCAGGAUGUUCUCCUAUGAAGUGUAAUUCUCCAGAGAAUACUCAAACGGUGAAACAAAGGCACAACUUUGGUGGCAAGCGAGGUGAGAAGAGGAAUUUCAAAAUGUCUACAAAGCCCAAAUAUGACAGUUUCUCUAUAAAGUCUGGUUUGGCAAACUUUGGUGUUGGUGCUGGUGGGAACAACUUCUCCGGACUAUAUGGCCUGAAGUCAGAUAUCCAAGAUAUAACGAAGCUUGUAGAUGAUAUAUCAUUAAAUGAACUCCUUGAUGGCACCUAUGAGUGCCUGAGUUUUGGCAAAGAGAAGGGAAAGAAAGCAGCUAUGACGAAUGGAAAUUUCCUAGCUUCAGUUAGAAAGGCAUGGUCUGUUCCUCAUAUUCAAAAACCUGUUCAGUCCCAAAAUAUUUCUGAAAUAGAUAGCUUUCCAAGCAAGAAAUUGCCCACCUGUUUAUCAAGCCCUGUUACUUUAAUAGCAACGGGUAUUAAUGGUGGUAAAGAAGAUUGCUGUCCAGCAGAUCUAUCAUCUUCUAACCAGACCCAGGAUUCUUGUGGCAAGCCUGAAAUGCCAGCUGGUCUUCUGGAUUUCCCAUCGUGUCAGCCUAAAGAUGUCCUGGAGCGCUUGGCACUGCCUCCACCUAAAGAUUUGGAGUUGUUGCUCCUAGAUGCAGCUAAGCCCUCAUCAUCUUCAAGAAAUAUUUCUGAUUUACGUUCAUGCAAGCAAAUAUGUCGCCGGCCUAGCUUGCCUCCAUUUCCCUGGUCACAUAAUUUUAAUGGGCACUAUAGAACCAAUUCUGAUGCAGUUAAGUGUCUAACAAGUAGGACUACUUGCCAAGGUCGAUGGGUAAAAAUAGCAAAGGCAGCUAGUUCUCAUGCAAGUAGAACUUAUUCUUGUACUGACUUAGAGACACUUACAUAUGAUCAGAGUUUGGUUCCUUUGAAAUCAAAGGCUGCUGGUUUAGAGAAUAGGAUUUUCCCAUCCAUUGGUGGCCUUCCGUUUUGGGGACAGGGUUCACCUUCUCUUGCAACCAAUUCUAAAGCUUCCCAAGUUCCUAUAGAACUGGGAUCUGCACUGAAGUAUCAAAAUAAUGCUGACCGCUGUCCAAGACUGCUAGCUGCUGCUCAAACAUUGUGUGACAUUGCAAGUAAUGGGUUUUUAAGAUGGCCAAAGAAGCCUUCACAGAAAGCUAUGAAAGCUCGCAAGUCAAAAUUGAAAGAGAAAUCUGAGGAGAAGUGUUCAACAUCUUCGGUAUUGGUGUCUGCCAAAAUGGUGAGAAGCAAUGUGGACAAUGUAAUGCCCUCAAAGAGGCUCAAGCCCUCCACAGCUGAGAACAAAAAGUAUGUCAGCCAUAAAACUUGUGUUAGAAAAGGAACAGCACCUUCACCUACCCCUAGAUCACGUAGAUCAUCACCUGGCAAAUCAGUUAGAGAGUCCAUUCUUCAUGUAAGACAUUCUACUGCUACUGUUGUAAAGCAACAAUGCAUGAUGAAUCUGCCAGAAACGGCCUUGGAUAAUGCAUGUAACAGUCAGCCUAAGCUUCGGAAACUAAUGCCAGUGGACUGGAGCAGGGGGAGAGAUGGGCUGGACUAAUUUUUUCUUCUUCCAGUGCAUAAAUCUUCUUUAUCUGACAAUUCUUGCCAUAUCAAUCGUUCUGUUGGGUUAUUGGCAAAUCCUGUUGAUCUGUAUAUAUUGUCUGUAGGCAAAAUGGGAUAGUUUCUUUUAGGAUUUCAGCUGUAGGAGGAAGGAUAAUGUUGUGAGUAGAGGAAUGUCAUGUUGUAACACUUAAAUUAGUUGCAGAAUACAGCAGGAGAAUUCUUUGCCCUGUGUAGAGCAAUUGUUGAGGCAAUAGAAAUUUCAGUUUUUC